AUGAAGAGAAAGGUUGAUUUUACCGAAGGAUACGUCUCGGACGAGUCGAGCUUUUACGGCGACGACGAUGUGCGAGAAGACUACGAUAUCCUCGCGGGCCGUGCAUUAAAUCGGUUAUACGAACCUCCCGUCCCCCGAGGAACGCUUCAGAACGCCGACAUCAUUCCCAAGCCAAAUGUCCUCGUUCAGGGCAAAGAGCGAGCAGAACGCGAGGCAUUUCGUACCUUGGACGGCAAGAGGACGCUCGAUCUUGUCGAAGUCGACCACGAUCGAGGCUCAACGGCCGCUUGGCAGCGAAAAGAAGAAUCAAUCGAUGCGUUUCUCCGCCGGCUACCUGUCGCGGAUCCUGAUACCGCAAAAGUAGGCCCCUGGCUCUGGGUAAGCAGCCCAAUGUUGCCCUGGGCCCAGGUGCAUCGAGAACCGGCCAACUUCACAGCAUUCAGACUUGGCGGCGAAGCUUUCGAUCUGUUAGAAGCUUUCAGUGUGCAGCGGGCGAAGAUUGAAAGUCAGAACAUAGGCAAAGAACCCGCUACCAUUACCCGAAAGCUGGCGCCUUACCGCGACCAGCUGGAAACGGACCUUCUGACCCUUGCAGUCCGCGACAGGGUCACGUUUGGCAAAUGGAUGUUCUUUCCAGCAGAAGAGGACCUACCACGCUUCUGGCGCCUGAUCGCAACUGCGACCGCUGAAGGGAAGCUAGGCCCAACGUCAAAAGUUGGAACGUACGACCCUGCAGAACGACAUACUCUCAUCUGUGUGUACACGUAUGACUUCUCUGCCACCGAAGAUGUCAUCAGAAUACUUGAUGAGCUCUGCGACCUGGGACUUCUCGCGAAGAAUGGACUCCCCAUCUACUAUAAAUGCGACGCCUACACGUACCUCGACAUCAAAUCGCAGAAUUCCUACCGCCUUCGUGCGAGCCUCUACUCAAGCAAGGAAUUGCUGCACGACAAGGCAAAAGUUUUGAAGGAUGGGUCUAUUGGAAGGCUCAAGAAACGCAACAAGAAGACCCAUGAGUUCCAUGAUGUAUUCGCUGGCGAGGACAUUCCAUAA